GUGAAAAGAAAGCUAAGAAAUCCUCAAAAGGAAAACAAACACCGCUUGAUAUAAAAGAUGAAGUUGAUCUUUCUAUGGCUAGUAUAGGCCACCCAGAAAUCUUUCCUUUAGUCUUCACUACAAAAACACAAGAAAUUUUUAAUUGCCGAGUUCUUGAAGAUGUUACAGAAGAAAAUUGUUUCAAGCUUAUUAAAAAAGAGGACAUAAUUCAGGACCUGAAAACAAGAGCUGCAGUUUCUGAUUUCCACCCUGUUAAAAAAGUUGUCCUCCCUCCAGAAACUACUGAAGAAAAAGAAGAAGAAAAUGGAGAGGCAACCCUGGAAGUCCAUCCUUAUAAGCCUCCUGUCCACAAACCUUGGGUUUCUCUUGGCAGUGAAAAGGAAGUUGAAGAAGAAUCUGUUAAAGACACUGUUGCAAAGAUUAAGUAUAGGAUUUCUCGAGUACGCAGGAAGUUUGGUGCACCAAUUACAUUUACUGAUAAGAAUGCUUCACAUGUAAAAGACGGUUAUAUUGAAUGCACGUCCUAUCAAGACAAAGCUUUCAGUAUUAAAAUGCUUGAAAAAAAUGUAGGUAUACAAAUGGUUCCGAAAGUAAGAGAAGCUAGUACUCAGACAAUAUGGACCUAUCCAAAAAAUGCAGCCACGCAGUAUUUUCCUAGACAGCUGUCAAAUGAAGAAAGAGAAGAGAAUCUGUCAUCUGAAAAGCUGAAAGAAUUUUUUACAUCAGUACAUUUAAGAAUGGAAAUCGCAUUGCAGCAAAAUGAAAUUAUGAACGCUUUUUUUGAUGACUGGAAGGCACUAGCAGAAGAUGAAAGCAGUUCUGGUGGCAAGCCAGAUAUUUAUCUUAAAGCAUACCAAUCAUUCACAGAUCUGCACUAUCUCAAGGACAGAACUAUUAGCUGCGUUUGCUGGCAUCCAACCAUUUAUGGGAUUAUAGCGGUGUCAGCAAGACAGCGGCUUUUUUAUGAAGAGCAAGUUAACCUUUCUGACAAAUCAUCGCUGCAGCAAUCAGUAAUACUUUUUCUGAGUUUUUUCGAUCCUAUCCACCCUCAGUUAAUGUUGCAGUGUCCUGAAGACAUUUACUGCUUUCAGUUCAGUCCAAGUGAUCCAAAUAUCAUUGUUGGUGGCUGCAUCAAUGGACAGAUUGUACUGUGGGAUAUUUCUCAACAUGAAGAAAAGCUGCAAAAUGCAAAAACUGAUGCUGAUGGAGUGAAGAUGUCGGCUACUGAUACGCCAUCACUUACCGAAGUCCAAGAGUGUAGCACAGAGCCACCUCUAGUGAGAUUCUGCACAGUCUCUUCCAUACAGUAUAGUCAUAAAAAACCAGUCACAGAUAUACAUUGGCUGCCAGAUUAUUCUGAGGCCAACCAAACAGGCACUACUUUUGAAAACAAAGCUGGAGUUCGCGUGCAGCUUGUAACCUGCUCCCCUGAUUGCUCAGUACUAUUUUGGGAUAUUCCAGCCACCAAGCUUCCAUCUGAGAAAGUAAGAGAAGAGGAAAUGUUUGAUAUGCCCCUUCAUGUUCCAGAUACCCUUAAUCAGCAAGAUCUCUGCUGGAAACCUCUCAUAAAGAUAAACCUGCGUGAAAGCCAUACCAACACAGAGUACAGUCCCGUCAGAAUUAGUUUAAGGGAACUGCAUUAUCAUUACAAAACCUCAGAGAAGAUGCAAUCUCUGAACACACCAGAAGUCCCUGACAAAGAGAGUCCAUAUACAGAGAUGAGUACUCCUUCCAGCAAAAAUCUGAAAGCACCACAGUACAUCUCUGCUAGCUUUUUUGUUGGAACUGAAGAUGGAGAAAUUGUUUAUUCUGACUGGAAAAUGGAAAUCAAAACUGACUUGGCAAAAACAGUUAGUCAGAAAUACGCCAUCCACACUGAAAGUGUCAACACUCUCCAGAGAUCUCCAUUUUUUAAAGACAUUGUUCUAAGCAUUGGAGGCCGGAAUUUUGCCAUUUGGAAAGAAGGGGUUACAACAGGACCAAUCCUUCAGUUGAGCUGCUCUGCAGGAAGAUAUACUGCGGGACAAUGGUCCUUAACAAGACCAGGAGUUUUCUUCAUUGGCAGAGAUGAUGGAAAUAUAGAUAUUUGGGACUUACUGAAGAAAACUUAUGAGCCAUCUCAUUUCCAGAACAUCUCCGAAUCAAUGAUCACUUUCAUCAGCCCCUGUAUUGCCUCACGUAUGUUUAUGGUGAUUACACCUUACUGUGCCCCCCUGUUCACAAUAUGGCCCAUGACUCUAUGGCACACUAAUCUUGUUACAGAUGAUUUUUAUAUAAUAAAUACAUAUUUCCACUAA